GUUUUUUCCUUUCUUGUAUUUGUUGUUUACUUAAUGUUGGCCUUUUAAUCCGCUUUGUUCAUCACUUUAAGACACUUGUAUGGAGACCUUCCCCCCGCAGUCCAAACAACAACGUUUCAUACUAUCUAUCCUUUUGUUUAUAAAGGUACUACUAGGUACAUCUUUUCUUUUCUAUCAGACCGCUCAGACACCGGAAUAGACCAUGUCUUCCUCGAUUCAUGAUCCUCGACUUCUUUAUAGCAUCAAUAAUGUCCUGGCGUUCCAUCUACAGAAUGGCGACGAAUCUAGUUUGACCCCUUCAGGUCCUCAGACCCUCUCCCUUCUCAUGGUCCCAACUUCCGCCUCGAUUCCGCAGAAUUCCCCGUUGGCGCCCGCUCCAGAGACCCUGUCAGAGGAAGAUUUCUAUCUCCAUCUUCAUCUCCCGCCAGAGCUGGAUCUGGCUCUUCCUGCCACUACGCAAAUCUACCACCAACCGCCCAAUAGUUAUCUGAUUCCUCGCUGGGACUUGGGACCAGAUUCGGGCGCAUUCAUUCGCAUCCAGUUCCCGGGGAUCGGAGCAGGGCCCAACAAGGUGGCGCAGGAGGAUGUCGAUACGUUUGAAACAAUCCUGGCGCAAUGUACGGCAUUUCUGGAGCGCGCGCAGCCUCCGCAGGCCCAUACACCCUAUGUCCCUGCGAACUUUGCGCCUGGUGAAGGCUAUGUAUCUUCGCCUAACGCGAUCGGUCCUGAAGUCACCAAGCGGGACCAGCAUGGGCGGAUCGUCCUGGUGGACGAGGAGGAUGGCAGCGUGGUAGGGGAAAUGGAGGGGUAUGAUGUUGUUGAGAAGCCUGAUGUGAAGCCCGGGUCCAAGAGACCCGUAGAAGUCCAGCUUCCCGCCGAGGGAGAAGGCAACCAAGUCAGCGUGAGCAAUGUCUCCGAAGAAUAUCUUCAGAUAUCUCGACACCCCGCGUACAGAGAUUCCACUCUUGUCCAGACAUCUGCCAUGGCGUCGCGCCUCAUCGUGACUGGAUCCACAUACCUGGCCCACGCGCUGACCAACGGAGCGGAUGCCUUCACGCGGAAAACGAACCCCAACCCGAAGCCAGCAACGUUCUCGGAAACCACGCAUCUACGAAUGCGGAAAAUCGGCACUUUCUCGAACGGCGCCGCGGACUUCUCCUCCAAGACAGUCGGCCAGGUAGGACGAUACGCGCAGAAUCUGGGGGCCUCUUUGGCGCGGCGCAGGGAUGACGGGAAGGUCCAGAAUGGCGAACGACGGGGGCCCCCUCCGGCCGCCCAUGGCAAGCCCGGCAUUCUGAACAAGUCCUUGAUUGCCUUCUCCACGUUGGCGGAUGGGAUCGAACAAGGCGCACGAACCGUCCUGCAUUCCGGGUCGGCGGCUGCCUCGACGAUGAUUGGACACCGCUACGGAGCAGAAGCCGGCUCCGUGGCUUCCAAUCUGACGGGCGGCGUGAAGAAUGUGGGUUUGGUCUACAUUGACGCUGCGGGAGUGAGCCGCAGGGCGAUCCUCAAAUCCGUCGCCAAGGGUAUGGUGGUUGGCCGCAUGCAGGAUGGCAAGCAAGUUGUCGUUGGAUCUGGCGAUGGGGGGCAGUUCUCGCAACCAGGAAGACCAGAUCCAGUGAAUCGACGACGACCUUCUCCCAGCCCGACGCCCCCUCCCGCGUAUGGAGCGCCGGGGACAUUCUCGCUGGGGGGUACGAUGAUGUCAGGAGGAAAACGCUAGAUAAAUUUUUUUUUUUUUUUUUAAGAAUAUGUAGGUAGGUAGAAGACUAGAAAAAAUAAAAAAAUGGAAGGGUCACGAAAAUAAAUAUCAGAUCCAAAUUCAUACUCCGUCCUGAGUCUGAGAGUACACAGUCUCAGAUCGGAAGAUGGGAAGUUCUAGAAGAUGGUCGGAAUGAGAGAUAAGAUAGAUUGAGAAUCCAGGGAUGGAUCAUUGCAAGGAAUUUAAGCUCUGAUGGAUAGAUAGUUGGACAAUAAUUGACUGAUCCUUCUGCCCUGAAUGAAUCUUGGAACU